AUGAUUCUGACUACUAUUCUUGUAGUCGUCGGCCUUUGCUUCGGCGGAGUUGAAGCAGAUAAAUGCUGCGAAUGGCCAAUAAGUGCAAUAGGAGUUAACAGUCUCAAUGUGACUCUGAAUGACUUUGAAUGCGACGAACCAAUCAGAAUUGAUUGUGCACGUGCCUGGCCGAACGAUGGCGCACAGAAAGUCGGAAUCGCUGGUUUCAAGGAUCGAAGUGAUACUUCAAAAUAUACCAUUCUCGCCGCCAUGGAAUUCAGAGUUCAGAAAACCGUGAUUUGCUCUCCAUCGAAUAACAAAUGGUAUCCUGAAGGAUCACCAGAGGACAAAUUUUCUGGUUUCACUUGUGCUUUUUUGUUGAACAAUGGAACAUGGCAAUAUGUUUUUUAUUAA